AUGGACACCACUUCGCAGCGAGGUGCCAGUACUUCUGUCGGCACGUCGCAGGAAGAGCGGGACCGCAAUGUGUUGCGUCUCGCUCCAGAAAAGAAGGCAUGGAUGCCUCCUAAAUCUGUCAUGGAUCACUUGUCGGCGACGACGAGUGAUCGUUAUCGAACACGAUUGUUCGAUUCGUCAAGGAUUCAUCACCUUGACCCCAGCGCGAAAGACUAUCGCGCUGAACAUGAGUUCUUCAUCGAUGCUUUCUUCAGACAUCGAUGGUACAGUGGGAAUCACAAACGUGAUGGUCCCUCACUACUUCAGGCGUGGAACGCCUACAUCCAUAAUCUCGAGGAUGUAGGUCGUGACGCUUGGAACGACAAACUUAUCAAAGCUCGUGAUAAGUUUGAAAAGCGAACCCCGACAGGUGCACGCUACAAGCUGCAUCGUCUGUCAAGGGAGAAAGGAUUACCCUGCCUCUCUUGGGGAGACUCGUGCCCAUGUUGUGUGAACAACUCUGCACGAGCACCUAAGGAGGCUUACCUCCUUACCAGCCCGUGGUGGCGCGUACGUGUCUCUACUGAGAUGUACGAAGGGAUUGACAACCUGAAAUCCCUUUACGACCGUGCCGGGAAGACUUUCUCCGGCGGUCCUUCUGCGGCACAGGAUGUGUCGCGUCGUACUGCUCGACCAGACCCAGUACGUCAACCACCAAUUGGGAGCGGGGCUCCCAAGAAUCCCAGGACGGGGGAUAGCCGCGCCACCGGACGAGUUACCUCGUCCGACGUCCGUUCACGUCGCGGUGGUUCAACAGCUGCUCAACCAGAUAGCGCUGGACACCGCGAGAGUCCUCUAAUGGAGGUGGAGGAGGAGGGAAGACGCUAUCCACACGAUCAUGUGGAUCGGUGUGUUCCCGAGAGCUUCUUUGAUCGCGUAACGCAAGGGUUACGCGACGAUCUCGAGCAUGAGCGGAAUAGGCGUCUCCAACUGGCGGAAGCUGUCUCGAAGCAUCGAGCUGAGUUUGCAUUUGCUCAGCUUGAGAACGAGAGAUCUCUGACAUCUCUUCGUGACGAGCUAAGGGUAGCUCGUGGGAUUGUUGAUCGGUCUCGGGCUGAGAUAACUGCUCUUCAGACCCUUGUUGAUGCCCACCAUCGGGAGCACAAGGCUCUCUGCGAGAUGCUUGAGCGCAAGGGCGUUCUUCAUCGGAAGAAGCAGCGUACUGAUGGUACGGCUUAA